AUGAUUUUUCAUGGGGGCGAGACUCUGGACGAGAUCCGAGAGCGCUGCGCCUCACUUCUGCGCUCGUGUGCCAAUUCCAGGGAUCUCGCCCGGGGAAUCCAGCUCCAUUCGCAGAUAUCCUCCUCGGCACAGCUCCGUGACGAUCGAUUCCUGGGAAAUCUCCUGGUCCACUUGUAUGGGCGUUGUGGGCGCCCGGAGGAAGCGCGCAGGGUCUUCGAUAGCAUCCCGUGCCCGAACACGUUCUCCUGGAACAUCAUGCUCAAGGCCUACACCCAAAACGGGGAUCUCGACCAAGCGCGCCGCCUCUUUGAUCUCAUCCCUUGCCGCGACAUGGUCUCAUGGAACACAAUGCUGGACCUCUUUUCUCUCUCCAGCGAUCUCCAGAGCGCGCAGCAAUCGCUGGACUUGAUGCCAGUGGUAGAUCUCGUUUCCUUCAACACGAUGCUCGCAGCAAAUGCCCUUUGCGGGCACCUUGAUGGCGUCAAGAAAAUCUUCGACGAUAUGCCAGAGUGGGAUGUUUUCUCUUGCACGCCUCUGCUGGAAGCAUAUUCACAGUACGGAUGCAUCAACCAGGCCCUGCAGCUUUUCCGUACGAUGCCCGUGCGAAACCUCGUGACGUGGAAUGCUUUGCUUGCGGUACAUGCCGUAGCGGGGCAUAUUGAGGAGGCAAAGUGUGCGUUUGAUACCAUGCCCGAGCACGACAUCGUGUCUUGGGCGAGCCUUUUAAACGCGUACUUCCGUUCUGGAAAUAUAGACCUGUGCAAAAGCAUUGUCGAGAAGAUCAAGGCGAGGCUGCAGCGGCGGCGGAGAUGCAGGGCCAGCUCGUCCAUCUUUGCCAGAUCUGUGAGCUUGAGCACGUCCUCAUGCCGCUCCAGCUCACACGGUUCCUUCUCGUAUAGCUCCUCCGGCACCUGGGAUUGCAGCGACUGGAAUGGAUCCAGCAGCGACGAUGAAGAUCACAACGGGUCCUCCUGCGCUGCUGCUCCAUACGAUGUUCCGGAGGGAUACUUGGCGGUGUACGUCGGGGAGGAGAGGCGGCGGUGCGUGAUGAGCGCUCGGCAUCUAAGCCACCCCUGGUUCAAGGCGCUGCUCGAGAAAGCUGCCGAGGAGUUUGGAUUCGAUCACAAGGAAGGCCUCAGAUUGCCGUGUGACGUGGUGGCAUUCAAGCUCAUGGUAGAAAAGCUCGACAAAGCGAGCGAAAGAAGAUUGAUCAGAGAGUGACUCCAAGUAGAAGAGAGCGAGGAUGAUCUACCUGUAAAAGAGAAGUGUACCAUCUUAGAGCUUGACAAAACUAGAGGAAUGAAGAAACUCUUAAUCUA